GGUGGAGGAAGUGCAUCCUGAAGACAAGUUUCCUUCAGUGUUCCGAAUGCAAGGUUCCUCUCCGGCCUCCCAUUUUCUCGCUUUGGUUUUGUAACCGUCUCAUUUGUAGCGCCUGCUACCAUGCUGAUCUCGGCACCUACCGUCACUGUACUGAGCUCGAGUACCUCCUCCAAGGUAUAACGGUCAAAUGCGUUGCCUGCAAACAAUACCUUCCAUUCUCCACAUUGGGGUCCCACCAGGUUGGCGAUUGCCUCAAGCAUAAAUUGCAAAACAUCGCCCCAGAUGAACAGGAAACCGAGAUGGGCAGCAAUAGUAUCCAUGGGAAACACAAGCGAAAGGCUCCUUUUGAGGUUGGUAAAAUGGACAAGCACAUUGUUCAUGGUGAUGAGGUUGGGUAUGAUGACGGCUCAUGUGAUGACAACCAUGGCACGAGUGAGGAUGUGUUCAGUUGUGAAGAUGAUUCUGUUGACAAAAUGGAUGAAGGGGAGGAAAUUGAAAAGCCUGCGACUGUCAAAAGGGUGGCUAAGAAUGCCUUUAAGACAACUUGUGAUAGGAAAGCAAAGAUUGCAAUGCCAUAUGGGCAGAAAACAGUUGUUGCAGCCUUCGGCAAUGUGUACAGCCGUGGGUGUGCAACACGAGCAAAAAGGAAGGACACGAGGCCAAUGAGGAUCAGCUCUGGUGACUAGGACCCAGCUGUCUUUUGGAUCAGCGAUCAGCACAGCCCAGGCCAGCGCGUCGCCGUCUCAACGCCGCCGCAUCACAACUCCCCGGAAGCCACCUCCACCACGGUUUGUUCCUC